CCGGCUGUCAGCUGAUGAAUUCACUUUGCUUUCCAAAACCUAUUUCGAUUUUCGCAAAGAAAGAAAACGUCAGGCACCAUUCAACAUGGGCUUGAAAUACGCGAUCAAAAGCUAGUUUUAGCUAAAAUAUUGCUCUAAUUGUAGCGUUAUUGUUAUUAUAGUUUGAUUUUACAUGUACGUUGUGUAACUUUAUUAGUCGAAAAUGGAUACGUUUAACAUAGGAUACCUCGGUUAUGGCGUUUGUUGAUCAUUAAAAAAUUACGUUCGGUUCAUAGUUUUUCUUUAUAUUUAAUGUCUGCUUUUCGUUUGUGAUCGUUUGUUUCGUUCGUGUUUACGUGUUUACUCAGAAGAUGGUGAAGGAGAAGCCUAAUUCAAUAAGAAUAUACGACGACGAAGGUUUUCGGCGCCGUGCGGCAUGCAUUUGCGUGCGUUCGGACGCCGAAACGGAGGUGCUUCUGGUGACGUCGUCGCGGCGUCCCGACAACUGGAUAGUGCCGGGCGGCGGCGUGGAGCCCGAGGAGGAGCCCUCCGUGACCGCCAUGCGAGAGGUCCUCGAGGAGGCCGGCGUCAUCGGCAAACUCGGACGAUGCCUUGGUGUGUUUGAAAACCGCGAGCACAAACACCGAACAGAAGUGUACGUGAUGACGGUGACCCAGGAGCUGGCGGAGUGGGAGGACUCGCGACUGAUGGGGCGCAAGCGGCAGUGGUUCUCGAUCGACGAGGCGCUGGCGCAGCUGGCGCUGCACAAGCCCAUCCAGCGCCACUACCUGCAGCAGCUGCGCCGCUCCAAACAGAACAAACCCGACGACCCCGGGAGCUAAGCACCGCCGCCGCCGAACUCGGCGCAACACCUAACUCAACAUCGCCUCACAUUUUCUCUAUUUUUACGUAUAUUUUUAUACUACGGUGGAAUACAAAUAUGUUAAUUUUAUUUUGUUAGCAUUAAAAGGAAAAGACAUACGAGCUAUUUUUUA